AUGUCUCGAUCAGGAACCACACUUUUCGCCUUCGUGGAGUACGAGUCUCGACGGGAUGCUGAUGAUGCAUACCAUGAGAUGCACAACAAACGCAUUGGUAGGGACGACGUUCUGAAGAUCGAGUGGGCGAGAACUCCUCCAUCCGCAUCGUGGAGAUUCGAUACUGGUCGCGAUCGAGAGCGUCCUGCUCGAGGCGACAGACGUGAAGGUGGUGAUAGACGAGAGCGCAGUCCUCCUCGUCGAGGCCACCGAUCCCCUUCACCACGAAGAAGAGAUGCAUCCCCUAGGAAAGACGACCGUGAGCGAGACGAUCGUCGCCGCGAUAGAGAUUACGACGACCGUAGACGAUCUCGAAGUCCUGCCGACCGCGAACGUGAGCGAGACAGAGGAGACCGCGAGGAUCGUCGGGAUGACAGAGAACGACGGGACGACCACGAAGAUCGUGAGGAGCGAACAAACGGUGACGACCGCAAAGCGAAUGACUCCCCUGCUCCUGCUCACGACGAGCUCGACACUGCUGAAUAG